AUGCCUUGUAUAGAGGCCAAAUCUCCCCAAACUAUAGAAGAGUUUGUUAAGAGGAAAAGGGUCAAUAAUGAAGAGGAGUUGAGAAGACAAGUGGAAAAACUUCGGACAGAGUUGAGCAAAAGCAGAAAAGACAAGGCAAUGUUGGAAGAAAUGAUGCUAAAAGAAGAUAAAAGGAGAGCAUUUCUAGAUGAGCAAAUACAAUCUAGAGAUGCACGAAUAACAAAGCUUGAGUUAAUGCUGGGUGAGGAGAAGAUUGCUAGGGAAAGGAGUGAGAAGGAGCUAAGAGGGAUGAGUUUGGAUUGGAUGCAAAGUUGCUCUGAACUUGAAGCAAUGGAGAUUGACUUUAACAAUUGCCAAGGAAGUGCAGAAUAUUUCCAAGAAAAAUUUGCACAAGUCCAGUUCGAAUUGAUGGAUAGGAUUGGGAAGUAUGAGGAUUUGAAUAAGAAAUAUAUGGAGUUGGAAAGCCGUUUAAUGGGGAUUGCAAAAGAAGAAAAUAAAAGGAAAGGUUUUGAGGUUGUUGAAACAGAAUUAGCGAUUAAGAAGAAUGAGAUAAAAGUUAUGAGGAUAAAACUUGACAAGGAACGUGAAAAGGUGAAGUAUUUGGACGAGAAGCUAGCAGCAAUGGAAAAACACAAGGAUCAAAUCGAGGCCAACAACACUGCUUUGAACAGAACCAAUAUGUUGCUCAUAAAAAAGAUGACCAAGACAGAUGCGCAAAUGGAUGAAGCUGCUGCACAUGCUCGAAUUAUUAGAAUUAAUGCGUGGAAUGUGGGAGGGGACAUCAUUCGCUAUCGCCGAAGCCUAGCUGAAACCGAUACCUUUCUAGGGAAGAUUGAGAACCGUGGUUUUGCCUUCUUACCUUUAGCUAGAGAGUUUGUGGAGGAAAGGGAUUAA